UUUCUAAAGCAAAAGUGUGAGCACCAACAGAGACUGAGGAACUGUUACAGUGGGAUCCCAUGCCACUGGCAGGAGACUCAGGAAAAAAAAAAAAAGAGGUGGGGUGUAAUUUAGGAAUUGCCUAAGUUUGGGACAUUCAAAGACAUCCACCUUUCUACCAGAAGAGCUCUCAAAGAGCAUACACCACACACCUGAGCUGCUGGAGGCAGGUAUUUUUACAGCAGCAGUUCCUAAAUGUUUGGAUGCAGAGGUCAAGCCCUUAAACUCUCUCACACAUACCACAAUGGACAAAGGAGUGAACAAACGUGCAUAUCACUGCAUAUUACCAUUUCAAAGGUGCCAUGUUAAUCACAGUCUGGGAAUUGCUGCUUUACAGGAAGGGAGGCCAAAAAUCCUUACAGUGGGCAGUGGUGACAGCCCAGGUUUCAGGCUUCCUUGUUCUUUGCACAAAACCAAAUACCUUUCGCACAUAUAAUUCGGGGGGGCAUGGUCCAGUGCUCUACUAUAAAACUCAAACAGAAAGGAGAAAAAUUCUAACUUUUUCCCACUCAUUCUCUUGAUCCUCCACUAAAAAUGGUCUUCAAAUGCAAUAUUAAAGGGGAACAUACUGCACAUGGAGGAUGCCACACUCCAUAUCCAGGUAUUACCAGCUUUCCUUUGCAGCAUAAACCCAGCAGCAAUCAGGCAAUUCCAGGAUCCCAAGCAAAUUUAAAUGCAGAGAAAUCCUCCAAUGACCAUGAGGAGAUUUCUAGCUGCAUGGUAUACUUGGAAAGUGCUGGCAAGGUCCCAUUCCAGAGUUAGACUGUGGCCCAGAAGGUUGAGAGGAUCCUCCUGGCUGGUAUCUGUCACUACUGUGGUGAUCUUGUUACCAGCUACUGAGAUUUUUGAAAAGGGAAAGAAAAGCCACCAACACAGGACAGCUUAAGUGCUCCUAGAUCCAAGGUCCUGCUCUCCAAAACUGCAGCUUCCUGGAGCUCCUGCAGGUAUGUGCCAAAGACAUAUUAUAGAUCAACUAUGGCAGCAAUCCUCAAAUGGGGGAAAAAAAUUAAUUACUUCCGUGACCUGAAAUCAACCAUAUCGGCUCAAGCUGUCAAUAAGCAGUUGGCUUCUUGCUAAGCACAGACUAGAACUAGCACUGUAGAGAAUGGGCUGUUCCUGGGAAGCCCCAGGAACACAAUGCAGCCAGCUGUAUCUGUAACACCCUCCCAGGAAGCAAUUUCCGCCACAGGCAGCGCAGGGUCCUUGUGCCAGAGGAUGUUUCAGAGCUGGAGCUUCCACUGACCAGUUUGAACCUCGUGGCAUAGCACCAGCUCCAAAUGAACUGUGUGUGCUGGCAACCAGCACCCCCACUAUUUCCAGCUCCCCAGACUGGGCUACAAUAAUGAUGGAUUAUGGAAUCUUAAUUAUGUGCUGGAGGAAGGACAAUUCUGCUCUUCAGUGGUAGUAACAGGAUUUCAGAAGGAAGCAGGAAUUCUGUUAACCAGAAAGCGUGCUGUCAUGCAGGUUGCAAGGUGAGAGGGUUUCCAGCUGAGUGCUGCCAAUCCUAUCCGCAAACAACCUGGCUCCACAGCUGCAAAUUAGUUCCUCUCUGCCCUCAGCUCUCCUAAACAGUUAACUUCUGGCUGUGAGACCAUCCUAUCUCCCUGCCUGUUCAACAAUAGAUCCAGCUAAACAAAUGCCUCCUAAUUGACUUUGAGCAACACUUGAUUGCUUUCACAAAAAACAAAAGAGAGGAAAACAUUGGGGUUUAUGAAAUAAUGACUAAUCCUGGAGCAAGAGAAAGGGGAUGGGUUGGAGCACUGGUGUCAAACAGAGAUUCAAUUUUGGCUGAAAGAGCCCCAAGACACAUGGGCCAAGUCAUUCAUCCCUCCCCAACUGCCCUCAUUUCCACACCUGCUGAUCUAAGCCAAACCCCUGCUAAAAUACAAACAAUCGGGGCCGCUGGCAAACAAAAAUUGGAGCAUUGUCUUCCCCAUGAGGGCUCUGAAAGGGCCGCACUUAAUGAGGAUGGAUUGACAGAGAGGUGGCUCCUAGGCUAUAAAAGGCAUCUCACAGUCAGGAGCAGCUCAGUCCAGGGUGCACUGCCCGUCCUCCCGCUCUGAGCAUGGUCACAGCCCACCGCAGGCACCCCUCGAGGGUGGGUGGCCCAUGGCUGCUGGGUCUCAUGGUGUGGCUGCUGCUCUGGGGCUCUCCGGGAGCCUGGGCGAGCUACCUGAGGAGAUCCUCCAGCUGCAUGCCCAUCCCACACCGCAUGGCCUUGUGCUACGAUAUCGGCUACUCCGAGAUGAGGAUCCCCAACCUGCUGGAGCAUGAGACCAUGACAGAAGUCAUCCAGCAGUCUUCCAGCUGGCUGCCCUUGCUGGCCAGGGAGUGCCACCCAGAUGCAAGGAUUUUCCUCUGCUCCCUCUUUGCACCAAUCUGCUUGGACAGGCUCAUCUACCCCUGCCGCAGCCUCUGCGAAGCCGUCAAGAGAAGCUGCGCGCCCGUCAUGGCUUGUUAUGGCUACCCCUGGCCUGAAAUCCUGAACUGCAACAAGUUCCCUGCAGAUCAUGAGCUGUGCAUUGCAGCAGUCUCCAUGGAUGAAAAUGCCUCCAGCAGGAGAACAGUGCCCCGAGCCAGCUGCAAGGACUGCGAGCUCGAGGAGGCCAGCACUGCCAGGGAGAUCCUGGAAAGCCUCUGUGCCAAUGAUUUUGCAGUGAAAAUCCGGAUCCUGAGGAAGAACACAACCACGAGUAUCUCGGACUUUGACCUGGACCCUUCCAGGGUGGAGGUGCUGAAGCAUGGCCCACUCCUCAGGACUGAAAUCCCCUCCAGGCUCCAGCAGUGGCUGGACAUUGAUGCCACCUGCGCCCACAACAUCAUGAGGGGCACUCAUGCUGGGGUCUUUGUUGUAAGUGGCGAGGUACAGAGUGACAAGGUGGUGGUGAACAAGGCCUAUGCCUGGCAGAAGAGGAACAGGAACCUACACCAGGCGGUGCGGAGGUGGAAACAUCACCGCUGCCCUGAGCAGGCGGGACGGAAGGUCUGAAAAAUCUCAAUUCCAACAAUAAGAAACUGCUCCCUUCCCUAUGGCUAGAAAACUCCUUUCCCUGGCAAGUGGUGCUUUGGAGAUGUACAGUCAGUAUUUCUAGGUGAUUCGAAGCGGUCAUAGUGCACAGAUAGGGCCUCACUACAGAUCCCUGUUUUACCAAGACAGAGCUUAAGGAUGCAAGUUUAACACGUUCCUCUAAUGAGGCUCUGCAGAUCCAGGAUGUGUGAUGGACAGCUUUGUGUAGGAUCCAACAUCACAACAAAACUGAACUCUGCAGGUGAGCACAAACUAGAAAGACCUGUAGUAACAGUUCCUUCUAGUUCUCGCCAUCAGAGCUGGUAUUUCAGCUUCACUAUUUGACCCUGAGACAUUGAUGCUGUUCCAGUGCCUGCUUGCUUUCUGUCCAGAGAUUACAUGAAAGCUGCCCUGACUGCUAAGUGAUAGUUUUUAUGUAAUGGAGCAAAUACUUUACUCUUGAACAGCCUGAGGUAAAUUAAGGGGGUGAAGAACCCACCCCAGCAAUGCCCAGACCCUUAAAAAAUGCACACUAAACUCUGCUCUUGAGCAGUCACUCAGGCUGUCCCUUUAGCUUCCUGCACUGAGAACUCAUGAGCAUCUGCACAGGUAAAAGGAAACAGCCAUUCUCAAGCAGGAAAGGCACAGAGCAAAGAUAGCUGAGGGUUUCUGCAUAACAGGGAAAACCAUUUUCCAACAUCAGAAAUUCAGUUUGGAUCAGAAGAUUCCAGUAACCAGGGAUAUCACAAGAGCCUUGAAAAACAGCAGAGUGUGAGUGAGACAUCAGCUGUUAAAAGCUCUGCUUUGGUGUGAUCAGCAGCUUUGCUCGGGACUGGGAGGUGAGCCCCAGCCACAGCACAGAAGGUGCUACUUGCAGUUCUGAUAUAGAAGCAGAGGAGAAACGUUCCACAGCUGCCUGGCCUUCCAGCUGCACACAGGGAAGACAGAAAAGGUGGGAAAACUCAGCCUCACCAAGUCCUCCGCAGCUCACUCUCACCCCAGCAGGAUUGUCGCUCCCUGCAGGGUACCCACAGCCACAGCUCUGUGCUCCAGACCCCAGAGCAGAAAACAGCAAAUCCCCUAAUGAGAAUCCCUCAUGAGUCAGAUUUCUACUGCCUAACAAAGCACAGUCCAUGGAAAGUUUUCUAUAUUGACUUAAACC